AUGUACACAAAUGUCAAACAAGAAGAAGGAACACCGAAUAAUGCUACAUCAAAUUUUUACCGACCUCCAGGACUCUAUAAUCUAGUUUCAGCUGCUGAAGUUGUUGGUGGAACUACUUCUCAAUCUGGAUCUCCCCAAUUAAUUGGACAAAAACGAGGAUUUGACGGUGAAGACAAUGAUGAUUAUAAUAAUAAUUCGAAUCAGCCAAAUCCACCACUUGCUAUGCAUCCGCCACCAUUGAAUAAUAUAGCGGUUGCUACCACAAUGAAUGUUGCUAAUUCUUUCCCAAGUCCGUUAAAUGUGAGCCCACAAUCUUCACCCGGCUCAUCAGCUUUUCAGGGAUGGAAUCACCCCGGAAAGAGAGUAAAAUAUGAAUAUCCCGAAGCAACUACGCCAUCAUCUGCUCAUUCAUCACCAAGAAUUGCCCCUGGAUAUCAAUUACCUGGCCUCGGUGCGGGACCAUCAACUCCAGGAUCAGCAACAACCCCAACACAACAGUACACAAAUAGCUCACUUCAAAUGGUGACAAAUGCCCAAGGUAGUCCACAUCAUUAUUCAUCAUCGAGCGGAAACAAUAAUGGUCCUGCCACUGGUACUACAACACCAACGACAGAAGGUCUAGAGCGAUACUUUCAGGAUAGUACUGCAUUGACUACAUCUUCACCUGAAAGUGGAGGCGUUGGUACGCCGGUAGAAGAGAGUAACAGGCGCUACGAUCAAUAUUGA